UUUUACUUGUGUAACGCUCCAAAAGUGUAACGAGUGAAUGAGUAUGGAAUGCAAGUGAGUGAAUGAUUAUAUAUUACAACAAACGAGCAAGUGAGCGGAUGUGUGGACGGGUGAACGAGUGUGUGUGAUAAGUAGAGAUUAUUGGCGUGAAUGAGGGUGUGAAUGGAUGAAAGACUAUUCUGAAAUCCCUCAUCUCCAGUCUCGAACCCUAGAAUGAUUAUUACUUAGCUAGCGAUAGAUUAUCUAGUUGAAAUGCAGAGAGGGAGUCACGUGAAGAAGGGGGAGGAGCUUAGCGAGGAGCAAAGGCGAGAAGGCGAGGGCAGAGAGAAGCCGGGCAGUGAGGAGACAAGCAGCAGGAAGCGAGGAGGGCUGCCAGCGAAGAGACAAAACCCAGAGAGUGAGAGGCAGAGAGCGAGGCCGACGAGCGGUGAAGGACGCACAUUAAGAGGUGGGCGUGACCGUCCAUCACAGCCAUGUGAACACCCCCGCAAGCACGGCAGAGGCGAGGCAAGGCACAGCAAAGCUCAGCAAGGCGAGGCGAAACAAAACCACGGCAGAAGCAGCCUCUUCAACAACGCCUUAAACCAGCCUUGCCGUCAUAACCACCUCCACGGCUUCUGCAACCACGCCUCAGCUCGCAAACCACCCAACCACGGCCUCUUCAACCACGCCUCGUCAACAACGCUGCUGCAGUUACCCGCCUUGGCAGUGCUGCAGUUACCCGCGCUGUCAGUGCUGCAGUUACCCGCGCUGUCAGUGCUGCAGUUACCCGCGCUGUCAGUGCUGCAGUUACCCGCCCUGGCAGUCUCUACCCUCCGCCGGCGCCUCAAUCGCCCCAGUGCCCUCCUCCAUCCUACACCACAGGAGCAAGAGUGUAAACAAACCCUCGCAGCGCCGCGGCCGUGAACUCACCGGCUGCCCGCAACACCCAAGUUAAUACCUUUACUCGCCUUUACCUGGACCAACACUACACAGACUAAUUACCUGGAACAC